UUCACGGAUAGAGGCAAGCAACGUGACGCUCAAGUACGUUUGGACGCGAUUGGCAUCCCUCUCAACCUUAAGUUAUGCGCUUGGCACAUCUACUUCAACGUGUGCAGCCACUUUCGCGCAGUUGAGCCAAACAUCGACAACAUCAAGGGGCUGAUUUUUCGUCUUCAAGCAACGACAACGCAGACUCAGUCUGCAGCAGAGUACUUGCGCGCACUGCACCCUGGAAGUUGGACGAAGUUCGGCAAUUGUGCACUUGACCCCGAAGAAAUAUUCGCCGUUGAAAUCCAAUGGAAACAAGCACGUUCGUAUGGAGCACCUUGCGCGCUCUUCGCUGGCAGGACGACGAGCGCAGUGGAGGGGCAAAACAAUGCACUCCUUUUGGGCGGAGUCCGGGAUUGUCAAGUCCUGGAAGCUCUGGUGCUGUUCUGCAAUCUGGCUGUGGAAACAUUG